AUGACUGAUCUGUUGGCCCACGUAGUGAAACACCAAGGCCAACAUUCUAUGCAUCAACCUGAAAACCCUGCCAAUAAUAUAGAGGGUGAGGAUAGAAUUCUCGAAAGAUUUCAAAAGUUCUCCUCACCAAAAUUUCUUAGAGGACCAGAUCCCGAUGCGGCCAAAAGGUGGUUGAAAAAGAUGAUAGACAUAUUUGCGGCUUUACACUAUACGGAGGAGAGACAGGUCACUUUUGCUGUCUUUCAGUUGGAGGGGACCGCCCGUUCUUGGUGGAACGUGAUUCGAACAAUGUGGGAAAGAGAGCAAACACCAAGGACGUGGGAUCUGGCGGUAGCCCAGAUUAAUACAUUUAAUGGGGCGGUGGAGAAAGCACUGCGAGUUGAAAAUGCGAGACUCCAAGUUAGAAACUUUCAGGUGAGGAAACGGGGAUUUCCUGAAAAUAAUUCAGGGCAAGGUGAGAAAGGUAACCCUCCCAAGUUUGAAAGGGGGACCGAAGGAGUGAGACUUCCGGGAGUGUCACAAGGAAUCUCGCCAAGGGGUGGUCCAGUUGGACGAGGCCAACAGAGAAGUGCCUCACAGGAAAGCUCAGCCUCUGUUUCUCGGCGGCCUUGUAGAUAUUGUGGGAAACCAAACCACACGGAGGACAACUGCUGGAGGAAGGAAAGAAAAUGCUUACGCUGUGGGAGUGCGGAGCAUCAAAUUACUAACUGUCCGAUUUUUCCUCGAGAAGCGAGAGUAACUCCGCAAUCAUCAAAGGCCAACUUCGGGCAAUCUAAGGUGGAUGAGACGAGACAAAAGAUGCCAACUCGGGUAUACUCCCUUGAGCAACGUCAAGUCCCUGACUCAUCUGAGAUCGUGGAAGGUACAAUCCCUGUCUUCCACCGUCUAGUAAGGAUUUUGAUAGAGCCCGGUGCUACUCAUUUCUUUGUUAACCCCGAUUUUAUGUGCCGUAUUGAUAUAAAACCUGUUAACUUGCCUUAUGACUUGAAAGUUAGUACUCCUACGGGGACCAACUUUUGA